CAGCGCUCCCUGCGGGCCGUGUAUGUGCUGAACGACAGCCCGAAAGCCGGGGCGGGGGCGCGCAGCCCGGAGGCCGGGGCGCUGCAGUGCCUGGUGCGAGCCUGCGAGGCCCAGGGCGCCCAGCUCACCACGGUCAACUUCGGGGAGCUGGACUUCGGGGAGACGGAGGUGCUGGACGCCUUCUACGACGCAGUGACUGUACUAUCUUCAAGCUCCCAUUCCUGGGCAAAAUAAUUGAGAAGGAUCAUAAACACACGACUCCAACAACAUGUCAUCAGCCAGCUUCCUGUAUUCCUCACAGUUGGGGUUCAGAUCAGGGUGCAGCAGGGACAGUGGCCGUAAAAGAUUUCUCAUGGCCUUGGAUACAGAUGUUGCAGUAGUGGACAUGAGUGAUGUUUCCAGACAGCCAUCACUCUUCUACCACCUUGGAGUGCGUGAAAGCUUUGAUAUGGCCAAUAAUGUUAUACUUUACCAUGAUACUGAUGCUGACACUGCUCAGUCACUUAAGGACAUGGUGUCUCAGAAAAACACAGUAAGUAUUAAAUCUUAAUAUUUUUAACAUAAUGUGAGGAUGCCACAAAUGAUUUAACUUCAAGUGACUAACAUGAAAAAUACCACUGGGUAUUGCAUAAGUGGGAAUGCAAAGUCAUGCAGUAGUUGCUAUACAAUAAUCAAGAAGGCUGCUUUCUUUAGGUACAGUGUAAAUUAC